AUCCUCCCUCCCUGCCAUGCGUUCUGCCCUGUGCUGUCACACCGUCCUCCUGUCACCUACACACAUGGCUGCAACACCGUUUCUCCGCUCACCUACACUUCCCUGCCUGAGCACCGCGGCUAGGCCCAGCUGCAUCCCCGCUGCUCUCUCCCGUUACUCUUAGACGCCUCCGGUGCUUGGUUGCCAUGGUGAUCAGUCACUGGCGAUCGGUGCUCAUACGCGGAGAUUGCAGAUUGGCCAGGCACAGACUGCCAGGUCAAAGCAAUCGAGCCAAGAGGAUCCGGAGACAUGGAUGGACAGCUCACCGUCUCAGACAAUGGUGGCCUCAGUGCAGAUGAAAAAGUGGCCUUCAAGUUGACUUUGGUUCAUCUAGACCUGAAAGGAGCUCCCCCGAAGGUCUCAUACCUUGCUGAGGUCAUGCCUCUCUUCUCUGCCCUCGGAGCAAGUGGACUGCUGAUAGAGUACGAGGACACCUUCCCAUACUAUGGAGAGCUCCUCCAGCUGCGGGCUGCACAUGCCUACAGCCCUCAGGAGAUCCGAGAGAUAUUGAGGUUGGCACAACUCCACCGCUUAGAAGUUAUUCCGCUCAUACAAACAUUUGGCCACAUGGAGUUCGCUCUGAAGCACAAAGAGUUUUCCCACCUGAGAGAGGUCCCAAUGUACCCAAACAGCUUGAAUCCCCACAAGGAGGAAUCUCACAAACUCCUCCGAGCUAUGAUAAGACAGGUGAUGGAGCUUCAUCCUGAGGUUCAGUGGCUUCAUAUUGGCUCUGAUGAGGUUUAUUAUCUUGGGGAAGGAGAGGAGUCUAAGAAGUAUUUUUCUGAAAAUGGCCACUCCGUAGAAGACCUCUUUCUAUCCCACCUGAAGAAAGUGGCCUCACAUGUAGUUUCUUCUUAUCCUGGUGUCAAGCCAAUUGCAUGGGAUGACAUGCUGCGCGGGGCAUGUGCUCAGACACUGACAGAAUCCGGCGUGGCCCAGCUGGUAGAGCCUAUGAUCUGGGACUACACACCAAACCUGGAUGUUGACAACAGAAUUGCCCUGAUUGACAAAUACUGGCAGUGUGGCUUCCAUAAGAUCUGGCUUGCAAGUGCUUUUAAAGGUGCCACUGGCACCUCCCAACAGCUGACCCACAUUGGACAUCAUCUAGAAAACCACAGACGUUGGCAGCAGGUGGUCAAGAAAAUACCCCAGGGUAUCCUGCAAGGACUAGCGAUUACAGGCUGGCAGAGGUAUGACCACUUCUCCGUUCUCUGCGAGCUUUUGCCAGUGGGAAUACCUUCGCUGGCCGUGUGUCUGCAGACUUUGAAGAAUGGCUUUUUUUCUGAACAGAUAGCCGCUUCAGUCAGAGACCUCUUGGGGAUGUCCCACUUGGACACUGAAAACUACUCAAGUGAGAUCUCAGCCAGUUUCCCAGGCAGUGAUGUGCUGACACUUAUAACUCAGGUUACAUUUUUUCUGAAGACGCCUACAAAAGAUUUCCUGGAGGAAAACCGGUUUGUUACAGGCUGGUUCAGUCCCUUUCACAGGAAGAGAAAAGUUGUCCACCCCAUUAUGGUGCAGCAGAUUGAGCCAGAAGCAGUCAGCCUCCUGUCUAAAUGGAGUUCAGUAAUGGGCGAUCUCCAGACCGCUCUGCUCAAGAUCUUUCCUUCAGUUACAGCCGAGGAAUGGAUGGAGGAGAACGCACUGCCCUGUUAUUUGCAACUUCAAGAGCUAGUGGAAGAUCUUAAAACUGCUCUGGAGAACCAGACAUAAGUUAUAGCAUUCAGUGCACUAAUUUCCUCCACUGACCCAGACUUAACUGGCAGCCAAUUCUUCUAUAUCAUUUUAAUUCCAACAUUUUUUGUCAGUCUUACUCUCUACAUCACUACAUGAACUUUUAAUUUUUUGUAAACCAAUAUUUGUAAUGUACGGCACCAUUUCUGCUGUUCGUUUAUUAUGUAAACAUGAUACAUACUUUAAUACAAAUGAUUGUUUCUCAAUUUUUGAUCAGUUAUCUGUAGGAAAGCAACAAGUCGGCAUAUAACUAGACACAAAAUUUUAUUUGAUUUGGCGUUGAGUUGAUCGCUGUAGAUCACAUAUCCAGGGGUACAUACAGAUUCCAGAUUGUGUUUAUCGCUGUAUACCAGAUACUCAAAGGACAUAGAGAUUCCACAUUGCGUUCAUCACCAUAUACCAGAUAUCCUGGCAGAUACAGAGAUUCCAGAUUGUGUUCAUCACUGGAAGACAUAAAGGGCAGGAUUCAAAUCUUGCAGCUCCCCUCCCGCCCGCCGGAAGUAUUCAAAUGUUACUGCCGAUGGGCUGCGAUAUCAGCAUUUCAGCUUGCCACCCCCUGGGGUGGUGAGCUGAAAUGCACGAAAAGUGACCCGUUUGGACGCCCCAAACGGGACUUUUCACAAUCGCGCCCGUGACUUUAGUCGGGUUUAGCUGCUUUACGCGGCUAAACCCAUCUCUUAUGGGCGCGAUAACAGGGGGCCAUAGAAUAUCGCCCCACGAUCUCCAGUCACUUUAGACGGGAGAUCGGGGGCAAUAAAAGAUUUAAUCCCGCCCAAAGAUUCCAAUUUGUAUUCAUCACUAUAUACAAAAUAUUCUGGAGGACAGAUUCCAAAUUGUGUUCAUUACAGUAGACUAGAGGUUCUCAAAUGUGGUCCUCAAGGCACCCCAACAAGAUGGCUCAACAAGAUGGUUAAAUCAACUUGACUGAGUUGAUAAUUAAGUCACUGCAGCCAAGCAUGGAUAAACUUAAAACCAGGACCAUUGGGGGUGCCUUGAGGCCUGCAUUUGAGAACCUCUGCUUGUAGUCAAGGAAGAUAAUCAAUUUGCCGGCUGUCGGGUUCCCGAUGGUCAGGAGAGAGAUGCCGGAAUCCCGCCAGCCGGCAAUGCCGCCAGCCGGAAUACCGACUCACAGGGGCUAGUCCCACUCGUGGGUGUCCACGACAUCCAUAGAGUGGGAAUAGAUCCUGUGGCGAGCCACCGAGCCCGCAAGGGGACUCGCGCGCUGCUGGUAUUCUGGCAGGUGGCAUCCUGCUGUCUGGAUACUGACAGCCGGCAUCCCAUCCGCCUGGAAUACAUAUGUAUUUCGUAGACGGAUAUCCUGGAGGGCAAAGAGAUUCCAGAUUGUGUUCAUCAAUGUAUACCAGAUAUCAUGGAGGACACGGGGGUCAAGAAGUAGAGAAAUAGGGAUUCUUGGAGAUCCCGCAGCAGUGUCAUAUAAAGUUCAGGUAGGAUACUGUAUCUCAUCAGUAUAGUUAGGUCCAUAUAUAUUUGGACACUGAAUUUUUUUUGUUUUAGUUGUUAAAACAUAUUCAAGUUAGUUAUAUAAUGUAUAUAAAGAUGGUUUUAAAGUGCAGACCAUCUACUUUAAUUUGACGGUAUUCACAUCCAAAUAGGAGGAAGGGUUUUGAAAUUAAGACUGUUUAAUAUGUAGUCCCCUAU